AUGGCUUGGAUUGUACCUUUAACCGAAUCUCGUCAAACAUCAGAGCAAAGUCUGGCAGAGCGCCUCAAGCGCAUUGAGGAUGCUCUCUCUCACACACUUUCUAAUCAGAAGAACUCAGAAAACAGUGCAGCCAAGCCAUUGACUCCAACUUCACAAGCCACUGACCCCCACAAGAGUUCAGACCCUGGUACUGGAGACUCAACCAACGAUGCCCCUCAAAACUUGUCAUUCAACCGGCCAUCUUCUUCCUUUUUGAGAGCUACAGAUUCGAGAUCUGCAAGCGUGUCACAAGGUUCUCCGUUUAUAUCUCCAGCCCCAUCUCCUGCUGGCGGCUUCACCAGCUCUGUUUCCUAUGGCCAACUCCAUUAUGGUGGCUGUCACUUUGGCCACAUCAGUCAACACAAUGGACUCCCUCUGCUUUCAGAAGAGGGAAGACAAUGGAUAACUUCAAAGACUGGCCACGAAGUUAUUCUUAAUCCUGGCGCCACAGAUCACUCCAACCCCUCCCAAUCGCCUGCACCCCACGUUUACCAUGCCCAACGCGACUUAUACGAACUUCCUGAUAGAAGUAUCACCGAGAAGGCUUUUGACUCCUUUACUCAUUCCUCUUUCAGUUUGGUGUUUCCCGUUGUGGAACGGGUUCUGUUUAAGGAUACCAUUGAAUUAGCGUAUCAGCCUUACACAGGCAAUGUUCCUUCUUUGGAGCAUCUCAGUGCCAAAGUUGGGGUUUUGGCCUUCCUCUCAACGAUAGUACUCUUCCAAGACACAUUUGAAGACGCACCAAGUAUCGACACAGACUUAUGUGCCACAAAGGCACGUUAUCUCCUCACUGAUGUUCUGGAAAUAGCUAGUAUCAACAACCUCCAAAUAGUCUUCAUGCUGAACAUGCAUGAGAUAUUCUCUGGGCGCCUUCGAUCCGGUGCCAUGUUCCAUGCCAUUGCGUGCCGCAUGGUAUUCACGCUUGGAGGCCAUAUGUACAUAUCAUGCAAGUUGCGAAGCUCGCAGGUUACACGUUCAGAGAGGGAACGGCGCCAACUUCGCAUGCUGUUUUGGCUAUGCUAUAUCUUCGAUAAAGAUAUCGCUCUACGGACAGGUCAACCGCCCCUCAUGUCAGAUGAAUACUGCGAUCUCACCCUGCCGGAGACCUACUUCGACUGCUAUGAAUACCUUCCCAAGAUCGAUAGAAGCAUCCCCAAAGUUUCCUACGAAGAAGAGAGUCUAAUGCCUCAUCUCCCGUGUGACCCUCGCCUGAGCCAGCUCAAAGACAAAACUAGUCGUCUGCUGUAUUCGGCCCAGGCUGCUAAGAAGUCACAUGCUCAGCUCCUUUGCGACAUUCGAGAACUUGACGAAGAGCUCGAAGCAUGGAGGCAAUCUGUACCCCCUUCAUUCCGCCCUGCGCUCUCGAUCACCAAUGAGUCUCAAGUCGCUCUUCAAGGGAUGCAUCUUCCUCGCAGUAUGAGACACAUCACCCUUCAUUUGGACUAUCAUCAUCUCAUGAUCGCAAUCCAUCGAGCCAGUGGUAGGUGCAUGGAGCGUGAUCCUGGAAACUCCAACGACCAGCCCGAAUGGGUCCCUGGAGUCGAAUCGAGCAAUGCUCUUGCGCUGGAGGCUAGUCGGUCGACACUUUUGUAUUUGCGCGCAGCGAUGUGUGGAGUCGCUGGCGAAGCAUUCUGGGUUAUUGUCUUCUAUCCCACAGCAGCCAUGAUCACUCUCUUCUUCAACAUCUUGCUGUACCCACUCGAUGAGCGGGCUGAGCAAGACCUUGAGCUUCUCAAAGCAGCCGCUGAUCUGAUCAACAAUCUCCCAGUGCGGCGAUUGACCACUUCAGAAGUCUCGCAUAUGAAACUUAUCAAUGACUUUGUUGUUGAGCUAGUCCGCCUUGGAAGGAGUGCGAUCUGCAAAGCUACCAUGGAAAGGGAUCAUGAGCUCGACAGACAGUUGAUGAUUAUAGCCUAG